UGUAGCAAGUCGUUUCUCUCGUCGGAGCAGCGAUUUGGGUUCUAUUAUUAUUACGGGUGAGAAAGUUCCAUCGGUAGGUACAGCCUUCUAUUUCUGCGUGUUCACCGUUGCUGUUCCAUAUUUUGUUGGGUGUCAACCGUAGUGCAAUGACUGAAAUAUUCACCGAUGACGACAAGGAAUACGUGAUCCGGCCAAUCAAAGGAAAGGGUCAAGGGCGUGAAACGCUUACGUUCGACGUGAAAUGUAAAAAUGACGCUCACAUUGCAUUACUCAGUAGCGAGGAAAUUACUACGCCCAUGGUCGAGAUUUUUAUUGGUGGAUGGGCUAACCAAAAAUCUGCCAUUCGUCUGAAUCAAAGCCGGCCCGAUAAGGCCGAAGAACCUACGCCGGAUAUUGUUUGCUGCGAAGAGUAUCGACGCUUCUGGGUUCGCUUCAGAAACAACCUUAUUCAAGUUGGAAGAGAGGGAGACGAAGAGCCUUUCCUCAGUUGGGAAAAUACUGAAGAGCCAUUCAAAGUGACUCAUUUCGCUUUCUCCACCGGAUGGGGAUCAGCUGGUGCUUGGAUCUUUGACGACGAGGAGCAAUCUUCGUCUUCCUCCUCGUCGUCUUCGGAAGAGGAGGACGCUGAAAAAAUCCGGCAAAGAGGUAAGAAGCCGUUCUUUCGUCGACCAGGAGUUUGGUUGGACAUGAAAGAUGGAAGACUGCCAAUGAGGGCUGUUAUCGGCGGUGUGGAUUCGUCCGGAGAGAAGAUUUAUGUCGGUCGACUCAAGAAAGAUGGGACUCUUUUACCUGGUAAAAUAGUCCCCUCGCAUAACUGUUGUUAUGCGGCUCACGACGGUCAAGAGUGCGGAUCAUCAAAGUUUCAGGUAUUAGUACGCAACAAAUGCUGUGAACUCAUCUGGGUUUCCGCUGGUGAUGGACAUAUUCCAUUUGGUGCUCUUCAAGGCGGAUUCUCUACGGAUAAGGAACCCGUUUAUGUUGGAAGAGUCAUGCACGAAGGAGCCACUUCUAUUGGAUUGGUACAUCCAUCACGUGGAAUUUGUUUGUGUUCCUAUGGCGGUGAGGAGAUCUGCCACAACGAGUACGAAGUCUUGGUCGUCAAGUCUAUCCCACUUUGAACGUAGCAGCCAAGCAUAUUUGUGAUAAUUGGUAUUUCAUUGGCUUUAAAAUGAAUUGAGAAAAAAAAAUGCUAAUAAAUGAUUGCAGACAUGUAAAAAAAAAAA